GAGAAACAAUGGUGUCGUCUAGAGAAAGUGAGGGUUUGUGUGAAUUGGAAUUCAGACAUGCCACUUCGCUUUCAACGCAAUUUUCAGUUUGUGGACUCUGAGAACACGAUUCUGAAGUUUCGCUUUGAACGACUUCGCAACUUCUGCACCAAAUGUGGAUCUCUGAAGCAUGAUGCUAAGGAGUGCUCAAUCUCUUUUGAUGAUCCGCCGGUGGACGAUAGUGAUGAUGACAAUGAUGAUGAUGGUAAUCAACCAGAGAACGUGAUUGCUCCUGCAUUUGAGACUGAUACGUUGCAAACAACCACUCCUGAGGUCCAGAUUCCUGGCCUGCAACAAACUAAGGGGUUCACAGAGUUCAUCAUUACUGAAUCUGAUGAGUCCUCUCUUCCAAGUGCCUUUGAGGACACAGAAUUAACAGCAGAACGGCUUCGCUACUUGUACAACAAGUUCGCAAAAGGGAAGGAGCAGCAAGACUUAAUCUCUCCAAUUAAAAAGGAUGUUGCAGGUAUGGUCAAGGACUCACCCAACAACAAGCGCAAGAGGACUGACUUGGAAGCCUUUUAUCAACAAUGUGAAGCAGCUGAAGAUCUGACGAUCCUAAGUCAGAUAAAGAAGAAGGAGAAGGCUGAAUCUGCAGGCUCUUGCUCUGGGAAUUCAAUGGACAGAGGCGCGGGGGGCCCGGUACCCCCAUUGUUUCCUCCAUGAGAGUCCUUUCAUGGAACUGCCAGGGCAUCUGUUCGCCGAUGACCCAAGAUCGUCUGAAGCGUUUAUGUCGUAUUUUAAAACCUGAUGUGUUAUUUCUUUGUGAAACUUUAAAUAGUUGUAAUGUUGUUCGUGAUUUCUCUUCUGUUUUAGGAUUUCAAAACUUAAUAACUGAGCCCCCUCAUG